AUGAGAAAUAGUGAUGAUGAGGAGGAAGAGCCAAAGUCUAAAUUUCAAAAACAAUAUGAUAAAAUACAAAAUCAAAUUAAGCAAAUGGAAAUUGAAAAUGCGUCAGCCAAUGAUAGACCAAUAAAUAGUUUAUUAGAGGAGGAUUUAGAAUUUGAUCAUAUUGUUAAGCCAAUACCAGUGAUAACUGAAGAAGUAAUAGAGAAACUUGAAGAUAUGAUAAAGAGAAGAAUAUUAGAUGAAACAUUUGAUGAUGUAGAGCGUAAAUCAGAUCCAAAAUUCAGACCAUUUUUACCCUCAUCACAUUUAAAUUCUGAGGAAUUAUCAGUUGAAAAAUCCAAGAAAUCUUUGGCAGAAAUUUAUGAAGAAGAAUUUGUUAAACAAACUAAAAAAGAUGACGGCGAUAAAAAUAAUAAUGAUAACGAAAAAGAUUCAGAAUUGACAAAAGAACAUAAAGAAAUUGAAAAUAUGUUUAAAAACCUAUGUCAUAAAUUGGAUGCUUUAAUAGUAGGUGUAAAAGAUGGUGGUGGUCUAAAAGAUUUUUUUGUUGAAUGUUUUUUUUUCAACAUUGAAAAUUUUUUAAAUUGA